CUUGUGGCCAGCAGAUGGCAAUGGCAAAGCCAGGAUUCUGGAAUGCCGAGGAAACAAGUAGGCAAGUAUAUACAGUGUGAGCAUGGCCACACAUGAUUGAAAUCAAAUCAACCCCAAUUAGCAAUAUUCUGUAAUUGCGCAUCAGCUUGUUCAUCAUCACUAACACCACAAUAGAUUUGUGUAGCCAACCCUGGUUUAGUUACAGUGUCGCGCGUGGCCCCUGCUCACCAUCACCAUCACAAUCCCCACAAGUAGAUUUGUAUGCACAGUUAUAUACCGGCUGCAUGCAUUGCUUGGCGCCUUCCAGCAUGCCAGUGCAACCAAAGCGACAUGCCAUCCAUUCUACAAGUGUUUAUACUCUAUUGUUUUACUUUUUGAGCACCAGUCUCAUCGCAAUCGGCUUUUCUUUUUGACCCUGUUUCCAGCACGUAUUUACGCCAACCAUGGGAUCCGACCGUUCGAUAGGCGAAGACGCUCCCAGACGCAGUAGAGGCGCACAUAAUCGAGGCGGGCGCGGCAGAGGCGCAUACUACAGAGAGCUCUACGGAAACAAGACUGGGCUGGCUGGCCAUGACUUGGGCAACACGCUCCGAUCCCAGAGACCGCAGGACGGCCAGUUUCCAGGGGUCCAGGACGAGCUAGGCGCGCUGCUAGCCUCGAUGGACGGAAAGCAGUAUGGCCAUUACAAACAGCUCAGCGGCCGGCGCUAUGAGUUCCGCCAGUUCUCACUCUUCUUUGACCAUAUCCAGGCAGACGCAUAUGCGCCCCCGAGCAGGAUCCGUGUGCGUGUCAAGCAGAGUGCGGCGUUGUUCCCCGCAACGUGCUUCUCUACCAAUGUGCGUGCAGUAGCCGCCGCGCACUACCUGACGCAGCUCAUUCAUCGAACGCUUGUUUGCCUCCAGUCUGGCCACGAGCGCGAGAGGGGCGGUGCCAGUGGCGGGUGGCGGUCAGCCAAGGGCGGCGUGCUAAGCGUCGACUGCCCAGGCCAGGAGGUCAUCGAGCGCACUUCGGUGAGCAUCAGCGGACAGGCGGUCGAGGCGCGGCUGACAGCCAGCAUGCCUGCAGCCGGGCGGUCUAUUAUCGGCGAGUCCGUGCAGCGGAUGCUACUCGAGACGCUGCCACAGCUUGUUGAGCAGGCUCUGCUGCACGCGGCGGUCGACGCCCAUGCGAUGCAGUUGCUGAUUGAGUGCGUAGAGGACCAGGAGUCGCUGCGCGCGCAGCUCGGGCCAAGCGGGCUGGUCGCCUUUGUCGGAAAUGGCUCGGUUCUACCCCGAAGAAGUGGAGUGUCGGGGCUGCCUCUGGCAGUGUCGAGCGCCGUUGAGUUCAGGUCUCCGCACAGCAUGCUUGUGUCAUUUGUGCUGCCUAACCGCGGGCGCGUCUCGGGCAUGGGCGUUGCUCGCGGCGCAAUUGAGUCGGGCGUCUACAACCACAUUCCUGGCGACGGCCGCGAGCUCGUGGUUGCAGAGGCGUUGGCGACAAAGAUAAAGGCUGAGGAAGGCCGCUCUCCGCCUGCCGUUCGGCAAGGACACCGCCGCAUUUUCACAGCUGACGCGUCGGGGUCGACGUCGAUGGCUGCAUCGAUCCAGGAGGCGAUGGAGGCCGGCGCCACCAUGCUUCUGUUUGACGAGGACACGUGCGCAACCAACUUCCUUGUGCGCGACAGCCGCAUGCAGCAGCUCGUCGCGCAGAGCAAGGAGCCAAUUACGCCCCUGAUCGCGCGCGUCCGUGAGCUCUGGGAGGCCAAGGGUGUCAGCUCCAUGCUGGUCAUCGGCGGCUGCGGCGACUACCUCGACGUCGCGGACACUGUCAUCGACAUGUGCGAGUACGCGCCUGCAGACGCCACCGCACGGGCCAGGGAUAUUGUAGCUCACAUUCCUGUUUUGCUGGAGCCAGCACCCACCGAGUACGGGCCUGCCCACGCGCAGUCUAUUCUCGACUUGGCUGCGUUGGACCAGCUGGUGUCUUCGUCGCAGACGCGCAGCAUUGCACGAAUCAUCCAUGCGACCUCGCGCGCCCACAACAAGCGCAGGACAAUGCGCGAGUGGCUGGAUCUGGUUGACGAUCAGGCCCUGGAUGACCUGUGCACUGGGCUCGGCAUUGUCGGCGACCUGGGCCGCCCGCGCAGAAUCGAAGUGGCGCAGGCCAUCAACCGCCUGCGCUUUGCGUGCAUAGAACAGCAGCAGAGCUAAGUCUGUGCGCCCCCCCCCACCCCAUCCCCUCCCACCC